AAAAGAAAUAUGGGUUCAUAUCUUUGAAAAGCAAUAAGUCAUUCACUCAAUUUUAUAAAAUGUGCUAAAUUUUCAAAUAUUCAAAUGUCACUGGAGGCACAAGCGCAAUCCCAGCAGUUAAUAAAGCAUAUGAACGGUGACGGUGAUACUAAAUUGACUAAAAAAUUUAGAAAAAUUGUAAAUUCAGAAUUAGAGUUUAUAGUCCCACAUCCUCCGCAGACAAAUGUGGCAGAAUUACUAAAUCCGCAGUCGUACCAGCUCGGAAGCGAUGUACACCCAAACCCAACGAAUCAAUACAACAGUUCUAUGCGAAUGCAUAUAAUGCCAAAUUGUGGAAUAUCAAUUGAAGCUGAGUCAUCUGAUCUGGCGGAGUCAAUCAAUAAAAUGAAGAAUAUACCAGAGGGAGUUUUGCACAAUGAUAUUGAAAGCAAAAUUAACAGGGUCUAUGAUGCGAAUAAUAAAAUAUAUACAGAUCUAACAAACACCUCAAUCGACACAGCUUCCGCCACCUCCUCAGUAGCAGCGAUAUCUAACUCGAAUACCACUGAUAUUAAUGAAGUUAUGAAAAAAAGUUACUUAGACACUUUUCGAAACUCAUAUGCCGAAUAUGGUUCAUUAACUUCAAACACUAUUAAGAAGCCAAGUCUCAACAUUCUGCAACAUCUUUUUUGUAUUCCAACAAGUACUUUGGAUUCUGGAAUGUCUUCUGCAUCGGCUGUAGCGGAAGUUCUUUUACGACAGCCGAACACCGUUACCCAAAAUAUGCAAAAAGUAGAUGAGAUAGCAAGCAAUCAAGAGCUCGAGCAAGAGUUAAAUCGCAAUCGAGAACUUUUAUCCUACGUAUUUAAUAAUAACAUGCUGUCUCACCAGAAGUUCUCACAGCACCCAUUGUUAUCUCGACAUUUUGCUGAAUUUGUACAGCCUAAGUUAACUGAGCGGGAACCAGAAUCAGAAAGUGUCCUCGAACGCAAAACACAUAUGAUUGAUUUUUCGGGGUCAAAGAAGCUAAGUAUUCGGCAAGAGGAUCUCCCUCCAACCCCAUCUUCGCAGGAUAAUAACAAUAACAAUGAGAUGCUGAAUGACGUAGAAAGUGCAUUAAGAUUUGGAGAAGAUCUUAUUUUAGAUUUUCCCCAUCUUCAACAAAUUCACAGCAAUCGGGGGCAACAAAUUGGGGAACCAGAAGAUACUUUUAAAUCAAACAGCACAGAACAUUCCUCAAAGCGAGGUAAAACCCCAAAGGAUCACCUGAAGUCAACCUGUAAUUUAUUUAAGGAGCACAAAAUCCUGCUUGCUGAUGUGAAAAGAAGCCUAGAACAACUUACAUUACUUUCUGGUCAAUUCCGGGAUAACGUCAGUGUACGUCACCGUCAAGAUGCCUCUAAAACCACCAAUUCGUCUCUUGAAGCAACUGUACGUCGCCAAUUAAAUGGAAACUGCAAGAAAAUUGAAGACAUCUUGGACCAAAUAAAGCGACUUCAUCAUCAAUGGAAUAGUGCAGAGCUCUAUUAUCUGCGCAGCUUGCAACGCUUAGGACUCAGUUCAGAGGAUGGUGCUGGUUUUAGUUCUACGCCAACACAUACUAUAAUGGCACUGGCUGCCAUUGCGUUGUCCGUAGAAUGUGAGCUUAAACCUAAAAUAUACGAUACCCAAAUUGACUCCAGCGACCUAAAGCAGCAAGUAAACACAAGUGAGUCUGAAUUUGUAUCAACUAUAGAAAAACCCAAAACGCUACAUGAUAUAGAGAAUAUAAUCCUACAAAAAGCUUCAACCGUGCUUAUACAUCAAGGGAAUCUGUCCAAUAAUACGCUCAAUGGUUGCAGUGAUAGUGAUAAUAGCGAAGGAGAAAAAUCAAUACCAUCGCCCACGUGCAUAUGGCAUCCGAAAAACCGAGACACUCGAUUUAAGGAAGAAGACGAAAAUUGUAGCACUGCUGCUGAAAUAAUUUUGGAGUACGCAUCUAAAACAAAUUCUUUACAAAUUCCUGAUCGUUUUACUAAUACUAGUGCAAAGGUCCGGGCGAAUAUUUCAGAUUCUAUUGAAAGCUAUCGUGCAUUGAAUAUGAGUCCACUAUUAUCGUUUAAAAAUAGCAGAGACAGUUUAGCUGUUUCAAAUGUCAACGAAUCUGGCUAUUUUGCGGAGAUCCAGUUUCCUGCAGCACCUUCUACGCCACCGACAAGCAGUAAUAGUAGCUGCUCGACUGGAACUAUUCAUGUUACAUGUCCGUUAAAUAACAAUCGAAGAAAAUCUAGAUACGCACGUCGCAUCGAAACGCCGACAACGUCUUCUCAAAAAACAACUUUAUUAAAGGGUGCAAGUAUUCAGGAAUAUUCUCGCAGCCACCAAACAGGAAGUGUUUAUAACGUAAUAGAUGCUACUUUACCCAUACCAUCAUCAAUUACAACCGCAAUAACAGGAGCGACAUCUACACCUUCUCCUCCAAUUGUUCAAGCCGCAUCUUCGGCUAUUGCCACCGUAACCGCACUGCAAGAACGUGCCCUAACUAAUAUGUUCAAAGCUCGACUGAGCGCUUUGACGGCAGCUGCAGGUAUCGACAACGGAGGUGGAGGCCUUGCCAGCGACAAAUGUGAAGGUGAACCGGUACCAGAUGCUCCGUAUGAUCUAAGCAUUGGAACCAAGCUUAAAAACAUAAACUUGGAUUCAAAAAACUCAUCGAAUACCCAAUCUAUCGACUGUAAAGAUAGCUCAAAUGAUAAAAAGAAACCACAUAUCAAGAAACCGUUGAAUGCGUUUAUGCUUUACAUGAAGGAGAUGAGAGCUAAAGUAGUCGCCGAAUGUACGCUCAAAGAAUCAGCCGCAAUCAAUCAAAUUUUAGGGCGACGGUGGCACGAACUUUCCCGCGAAGAACAAAGCAAAUAUUACGAAAAGGCUCGGCAAGAGCGUCAAUUACAUAUGGAAUUGUAUCCGGGGUGGAGCGCACGAGAUAACUACGGUUACGUGUCAAAAAAGAAAAAGCGUAAAAAAGACAGAUCGACAACGGAUUCGGGAGGUAAUAACAUGAAAAAGUGCCGUGCUAGAUUUGGACUGGACCAGCAAAAUCAAUGGUGCAAGCCAUGCAGACGCAAAAAAAAAUGCAUACGCUACAUGGAGGCUAUGAAUGGAACAGGCGCGAUCGAAGAUGGAAGUGGAAUUGAUGAUCUUGGAAGCCAGCUAAGUGAUGACGACGAUGAUGAUGAUGAUGAUGAUCAGUUAGUCGGUAGCUGCGGCAGCGGUGAUGAAAGUAAUAAAAUUCCAGAUGAUGAUACAGAGUCUCUGAAUCAGUCAAUAUCCAGCCCUGGCUGCCUAAGCGGGUUGUCUAGCUUACAAAGCCCGUCUACAACAACAAGCUUGGCGAGCCCACUUAAUAUGAAUAUUAAUCCAGCAACACCGUCUCUGUUAGCUGUCAGCACAAAUGCGCUUAUGGUCCCCAAUGCAGAACAGGGAUCCAGUCAACCAAGAUCGGAAUCUAUUUCCGCAUCAGGAUCGAGUAGUGGGUCAACUUGUAGUAUAAGCACUACGCCGAAUACCUCAAAUACUGUCUCGCCUGUAACAGGUACGACGGGUCCAUCUUCAAGUUUAGCCCAUGAGCGCGCUAUGAUGCUUGGCAAUCGUUUCAGUCACCUAGGUAUGGGCCUUAGUCAUCCAAUAGGUAGUUCUGUUAGCAACAAACCUGAUGCAUUAUUCCAGCCACAUCCUUCAGUCAGUAAAAAUAAGAGUUCAGCAAAUGGCUUUAAUGGUUUUAGCGGUUCUGGUGUACCGCCUAAGGCGCCGGCGCCGGUAAACGUACCACGAAACCCCAUUGGUGCCAAUCCACGAGAUAUAAAUAAUCCAUUGAGCAUCAAUCAGUUAACUAAGAGGCGUGAAGAUCUAAAUGUUUGCUCCAUUGCAGUCUCUGAUUCUAAGGAAAAAAGUGCUUUGGGGCCUACGUCCAUUAUUCACCAUGCUGCUCCCCACGGCUAUCACCCCCACCACUCGCUUUUUAAUAGCAGCUUCAGCCAACAUUUUCACCAACAGUUGACCCACCAUUUAGCGGCAGCUAGCAAUAGCGAGUCAACAAUAUUGUCUGGAGAUUCCCAUUCCAUAAACAACGGCAAGCAUACUUCCUCAGAUCCGCCAACGAACGCAAACAAUCCCUCUUCAAGUGCUGGUUCUUCCGAAACUGGAGCCAUUAGCGUAUCAUAGCAAACUGCUAGUCUAUUAAAAUACCUAUCGCCGGCUUUCUCUCAAUUUUCUCAAUAUUCAGUGUUGUGUGAGAAGCAGCUUAAAUUAAUGAACGUGCAAUAAAUAGUAUUAUCGCCAUCCCAUUCGCCAUCUUUAGAAACAUGUGGCCAUUAAUAGACAAGUGCCAAAAUUUAAAUUAUUUAUUUAUACAUAUGAAUAUGUAUAUUUGAAUUUUUGUAAUAAUUGAAACUAAAAUCUGGAUAUCUUGGCAUUUUCUAUAAAUAAAAGAAGAGGCCAAACAGAAAUAUUUCUCUGGAGACAACACAAAUGGAUCAAAGCUCAUGCUAGGGAACGCCAAAUAAAUUAAGUAAGCGUGUUUACGUAUGUAGGUAUGUAUGUUUGUACUUAUGGUAUAUGUGUACAUACUUACUUAUCUUAAGCUACUUACUUCUGUUACACUUACCUAUCCGCAGAAAGUUUAAUUCAACUAUAAUAUACAUGCGUAUACAUAUGUACAUAUGUAUAUAUUUAUACGUACUUUUUAAUAUUUAUGUUGUACUAUAUAAUUUUUUUACCGUGGCGUAUAAAUCUGAAUGUUCGUUUAAUUACUUUUCUGAGUGUUGUCAAACUCAACAUUUGGUUUAUUAUAUUAUUGAUUUCAACUACAAGCAGUUUUUAGAAAAUCUUUUCCAUCACUCAAUCAAAGACAAGACAAGUUUGAAAUAAUUUUUCGAUGUACACCUACAUAUGUGUGGAUUUACAUAAACGUUUAUGCAAAUGUCAUCCCCAUUUGUAUGUUUUGUACACAGCCAAACUUUUCAAAUUUAUUAUCGGACACGGAUACAUCUGGUUUUUUGCAAUUAUAACACAGUUUUCCCGAUUUAUAAUUUGGUUUGUGUACAUAAAUAUAUGGGCAUAUGUUCAUAAAUAAUUUUAAAAGAUACGUAUGUAUAAAUUUACGUACAAAUGCUAAAUACAAAUUUGAGUUUGACAAAACACAGAAUUAAUACGACUUGUGUUGAUACGUCAUUGGUAAUUGGUAGUAUGUAUAGGUAUGCAAAAACAUUGCAAAUUUGCCUAGUAUACACCGGGGGUUUUUGUUGCUAAACACCGCAAUUCUUAUUUAUAUGUUUGUAUCUCAAAUUUUUAAAGGAUGAGUAAAAACAACAAGUUUGUAAAUAGGUAACUUGCUUACAUAAAAAUACUGACAAUGUUUACGAAUUUAUUGACCAUAAGACCUGAUAGCAACUAUUCCAUAAAGAGUAAAUGCCGGCGAAAUAAAUACUAUUUACCUGUAUAUAUACAUGUAUUUAUAACUGCAUAUUGGAAAGUUAUUAAAAAUACAUACGAGUAUAUUUAUACUAGUCUUCAUUCAGUUCAAACUACUAUCUUCCAAUUAUAUGCAUUCAUACAUAUGUACGUACGUAAUUUUAUAUAAGGUACGUAAAUACGGGCUCGUAAUUUAUACAUCUAAGUGCAUACACUUGCAUACAUAGAUAUAUUGGAAAUAGUGCUUAGCACAUGAAUAACAUGAAUAUAUAAUUAUGUGAUUAAUGAAUUAAUAUUUUAUACUAUGUGCCAAUAAUAAACGUAUGCGAUUAGGUAUUAAUUGUGUUGGCUCAGUUUAUCAUUUGUGUCGAUAACUUAAUGGAAUUUGCUGUAAAAGUUACGAGCCCUGAUAAAUACAAACCUACAUAUGUGUGUAUAAAUAUUUGUAUGUACUUAAUAGUCAAAUAUCCAUGUAGAGAUGUAUUAUAUCUAUUUAAUAUUUAGUAUUUGGAAAUUCUUUUUUAUAUACACUCGUGUAGCUAUAAGAUAUGUUUAGUCCUAAUCGACAGUUGCAUAUGAAUAUUAACAAACACACACAUACCUACAUAUUUAUGUAUGUAUGUAAGAGUAUUCAUACUAGAGCCUUGCAUAAAUCAAGAGUAAACGCCAUUGAAACUUUACCAUUGACAGGUGUCAUAGUACCAAACAAAUGAUCAAAAAAUUAUGGGUCUAUGUUAAAUGACUCUUAAAAUACAGGUGGUAUGAAAAAAGAGUUUUUUGAGUUUUCUAAACGAAAACUAGUUAUUAAACAAGUCUUAUUUAUGUAUUAUAACACUCCAAUAUACUCCUUUCAACCUUUUCUUGAAAAUGUAUUCUGUUUAAAUUACCCAUAUUAGAGUAUUCUACAAAAGUUUUAUUACAAGAUCAUGGAUUCCGCAGAUAUAAAAAAUUUGUUAUAGAUUUUUGUCGGCCACUGUAUGUAAACAAUAAUCCUCAAUAUUUCAUUUGGUGAUCUCUAAUGGGAUUACAUUAGUAAGAGGACAGCAAAUUUCAUGAGUAUAAAUACAUACAGAGCUGUGAUAAAACAAAAUGAAGAUUUAAGCAUGUAGGGCUCUAAGAUACUAUAGAACAUAUGUAGAUAUGUGUGUGGAUACGCAGUUUUAAAUAUUAUAAAGGUAAUACAAAUCCAAAUAUACAUGCAGAAAUUGGUUAAGGUCUAGCAUCUGUAUAAGCAUAGUGUGAAGGUACAUUUAUAUAGAAAUGUGCCGAUAAUACGAUAUAUGUACAUACAUAAGUAUACAUAUGAAUGGAUAUAUACAUAUAAAUAUAUACAUAUAUAUUUGAUAAGGUAUUAUUUAUCUAAUCAAAAAAAUGUGUAUAGCCAUUGCCAAUUAAAAAAGACUGUUUAACACAUAUUAUAUAUGUUCGACUAUGCAUACAUUCUUGUGUAUGCGAGUAAGAGAAAAUGGAAAAUAUCGAUUUGAAACGAACUAUGUUAGUCCUUAAUUUAUAAAUGAUCAAAUGUAAAUUAAGUUAUGUAACAAAAGCAGAAGAUUCAGUUUUUGUUUGAGUGUUUAGAUACAAUCGUGGAUAUUACAUUUUUAAUGUCUUUCAUUUUGGCAUGAUACAGAUAUUUUGUUAGUUUUAAUAGUAAUUAUAAUCAAAAUAGUUUCUAUCCAAUGCUUCCAAUAUUCUGUGUUUUGCUUUGAGUUGCUUUUUGUACAACUGUAACCACAUUGAAACGAUAUUGCAAUAUUUAAUGUUUUAUUUAUUGAAUAUAAUUUUAAAAAAUGAUCGUUACUAUAUAUAUUUCCGUUAGUUUAAAUUUACGCGUUAAAUAUCGUUUUUAUUCGAGUCAGUACUGUUAAGAAUAUACUUAUAGUGAUACAUUACCAUAUCUAGUUGUAAAAUCAAUCUUUGUUUUUUUAUAAAAAUUUAAAAACAAGAAUAAACAAUCACAAAUAUAUGAUUCGUGGGCAUUACAUUUUUACUCAACAAGCAUUUACAAAAUUGGAAACAACAUCUAAUUUAAAAUUUAUUCUGAUGUUCUUUAGACAAAACAAUAGAAAUGUUACUAUUGUAUUGCAUAUUUGGUAUAUGUAUGUGUGCACUUAGAGUUAUAUUGAUAUUUUUUCUUAAAUUUAUUAAUGAUUUUAUUAUCGUAUUCCCUGUGCAUUUCACUGCUUUUAUAAUCAUUUAUUUAAUGAGUGCAUUUUUUUAAAAGUUAAUUACUUAAAACAAAAAAUGUAAUUUUCAAAAUAGCGUGGAAAAAUGUUUUUCUUCAAUUUAAUUUAAUAUUCUUCAAAUCGGAAACUCUGCUGAGGUUUGACGUUUCCGCAAAUUUCUAUUCAUUGAUUGGUUAAUAAAAUGGUUUGAUAUCAUUGCUGGGGUCUAGAUAGUGGUACGGGUAAAAAUCGAUACAUACAAAAAAUGUUAUAAAUAUUCCUAAGUUAAAAAUAUUUAACGUAUAUAUAUAAGAAAUGUAUGUCUAAGUAUAUAUACUUAAAAUUAGUGAUUAAAUGUAUGUAUGCGAAUUAGAUUAAAAAGUACACCUUAAUAAAAGAAAGCAAUGUUGAACAGAAAA